CCCCCCCUUCUAACCCUCCUCCACCUCUUUUCUCCACUCGUCAACCACAGGCCACGAUACCACGGAACCACCGACUCUCUGUGGAACAGAACAAAACAAAUUUAGGUACCUCCAACCGACCCCCCCCAUCUUGAGCCUCAAUCGGGUCAAAAACACCGCCAUUUGUCCGCUAUACUACCUAUACAACAUAUAUUUACGGCCUCACGAUGAUUUAUUGUACCUUCUAGUUUCUUAUAUAACCUCUGAUCUCGUGUGCCGGAGCCCGUGAGCCUAUGUUCCCGCCUCGGUGCUCUCUCAUGCCUGGCGGCGACAGCUUAGACCCCACCUGACUUCUUCAAUAUACGACUUUAAUCUCGAUAAUCAAUUGAUACCACGCAACCAUGGCCGCGUUCCAGGAGGACUUGGACCCAAUAUGGGACGACAUGGACCGGGCUAUGGGCCAGCUGUUCAUGAUGGGAUGGGAAGGUGAGGAAGUCACGCCCCAGAUCCGUUCCCUCAUCGCAGAUUAUGGCCUCGGAUCUAUCAUCCUGACAGCAAAAAACCUCAAAUCUGCCGCGGACACGGCGAGACUCACCCAGGAGCUCCAGAUAAUUGCCCGAGACGCCGGCCACCCCGUUCCACUGAUUAUUGCUCUUGACCAGGAGAACGGAGGUGUCAAUAGCUUGUACGACGAAGAGUACAUAUGCCAGUACCCGAGCGCUAUGGGUGUCGCAGCUGCGGGAUCGCCAGACUUGGCAUACGAGGUAGCAAAUGCCACUGCCCUGGAAGUGUCAUCAGUGGGAGUCAACAUGAUCCUUGGUCCUGUUCUAGAUGUUCUAAAUAAUGCUCAAAUACAGCCGCUUGGCGUGAGAGCUGCAGGUGAUGACCCUCAUGAAGCUUCUCAAUAUGGUAUCGCGUCCAUGAACGGAUACAAAGAUGCGGGUUUGACGACCUGUGGGAAGCAUUUCCCUUCAUACGGAAACCUCACGUUUCUCGGAUCUACGUUGGAUAUGCCAAUCAUUACAGAAACCCUGGAACAGCUUAGCCUAGGUGCUUUGGUGCCGUUCCGCAACGCAAUCAAUGCAGGACUCGAUUCAAUUAUGGUCGGCGGCUGUGCUAUCAAUAAUAAAGACAUGAAUAUCAUGCAUGCCUGUCUCUCAAAAGAGGUUGUAGACGACCUACUACGGCGAGAUUUGGGAUUUAACGGAGUUGUCGUGUCCGAGUGCUUGGAAAUGGAGGCGCUGAAUGUUGAUAUCGGCUUCCGAGGAGGCUGCGUUAUGGCGAUAGAAGCUGGCUGCGAUCUUGUCCUGCUCUGCCGCUCGUUUUCAGUCCAAAAAGAAGCAUUGUCGGGACUGAAAAUCGGACUCGAAAAUGGUAUGGUCUCAGUUGACCGAGUGCGAACAUCACUACGUCGGGUCUUGAAGCUCAAGGCGAACUGCACAUCUUGGGAAAAGGCCCUUAACCCACCGGGUCUGAAGCUUCUAUCUAAAUUUCACGAGUCUCAUCUUGCUCUGUCGACGAGAGCGUAUGACAACUCGAUAACAGUCAUGCGCGACAACAACCAACUCCUGCCACUCUCUCAUACCAUGUCUGAGAGCGAAGAUCUCCUUCUCCUUACCCCGCUUCUGAAGCCCUUACCAGCGUCUGCUGCGACAAAGUUCCUCGCUGAGGGAAAAGCUACAGCCAUCGACCACGAUCGCUGGAUGGACCGCGGAUCUAUCAUGUCUGGCGAGGGUGUUUUCAGAGAGCUUGGCAGACAGCUGGCGCGCCAACGGCGCGGAAAGCUCCUCCAUACCUCAUACACCGCCAACGGAGUUAGACCUACACACGAACAUCUUAUAGAGCGCGCAUCCUCGAUUAUUAUCGUUACUGCGGAUGCAACUCGAAACUUAUAUCAGUCAGGUUUUACGAAGCAUGUCUCGAUGAUGUGCUCGUUACCAACCCCGACAGGGAAGAAGAAAUCCCUCAUCGUUGUAUCGGUCUCCUCUCCGUACGAUUUCGCCCGAGAUAAGAGUAUUGGGACGUAUAUUUGCACUUAUGACUUUACUGAAACUGCCAUGGAAGCCCUGGUUCGCGUCUUAUUUGGACAGCUGAGGCCCCAAGGAAGUCUCCCUGGAUCGUUACGGAAAGUUGCAAAGGCCCAAAAAUCCCGGCAAGCGUGGCUGGUGGAGUCCUAUUCCGAGAAAGACGUCAACUCUCUCAACACCUUGAUACAGACCGUAUCCAAAGCCUCAGUCCCGGGCUCCCCGUCACCCCUCUGGGGCGCCACCGCCCUAUCCUUCUCUCUCGGAGACCCCGCCAUAGCAGAAGCUCACUUCGUCGUCCGAAACUCCAGCACCGGUGCACUCUACGGUUUCUGCGCCACCUACGCCACCGCCACCAUCGGCCACAUUGGCGCCCUCUUCGUCGAUCCGAGCAAGCGCAACCUCUCCAUCGGACACUCCCUGUACCAACGAGCGCUCCGAUCCCUAACCACCCGUCCCGGUCUCCAGAGUAUCAAGGUCGGCACGCGCAUCCCCGCCAUCUACCCCGGCGUGCCAAGCACGGAGGGUUCGGUUCCCCGGCUGCGGAGGUGGCUGGGCGCGUCGCUCCCGCCCGCAGUGACGGUGUCCUCCCACCAGUUCGCGAGCUGUAUCAUCCAGGACCUGCAUCACUGGUCGCCGCCGGAGCAGGUCGUCAAAGCGGUGCAGCGCUUACACGUCGAUUUCGAUUUAAUCCACGGCCUCGGCGCGUUUGAUGACGAGGUCGCGGCGCAUAUUUCUACGUAUGGCAGCUGGGAGCAGUAUAAAUUGUAUACGCUUGCUUUAGCGGAUGCGGACGCGUGCGGGGUGGUCAGGGCGAAGAGCAGGGCUGAUGGACGGCUUGUUGGGACGGUUGUGCUAUGUCGUUCGAGCACGCUGUUGUCGCAAUGGCAUCCGCAUCUAGUUGGUGGGAGGGCGGGAGGCGUUCUAUCGCCCAUUGUGAGGGCGGGAUGUGAGGAGGAUGGGGUGCUGUUGCAGGGGCUACUGUUGUUGGGGGUGAGGCAGAAUAAGGCGCAUAGGGCUUGGACGUCGUAUUUGGAUCUGGUGCCUACUCAAUUACUUGAGACGAUUGCGCCCUUGGGGUUCAAGGUGCUGAAUUCGUUUACGGAUCUUGGCUGUGAAUUACCUCAGAGAGGAUGAUAUAUGUAUUUGGGCUGGAAAUAUGAUCAAAAUUAAACAAAAUUUAAGAAUAUCUACAAAUCUCUCCCAGCCUAUCUUCGUAAAUUGGCUUGUGUGAGUUUCCAUCUGUAGUUUCGCUCCCUCGG